CCUUUCUGUUCCUUUCAGCAAAGUGAAUUGAAUUCCUUCUUGUGGACCAUAAAGCGAGAUCCGCCGUCUUACUUCUUUGGCACGAUCCACGUUCCAUACACUCGGGUUUGGGACUUCAUCCCGGACAACUCCAAGGAGGCUUUUCAGCAGAGCAGCAUUGUGUACUUCGAGCUGGACCUCACCAACCCCUACACUAUCACAGCCCUCGCCCGCUGUCAGAUGCUGCCACAGGGAGAGAACCUGCAAGACGUGCUCCCCAGGGACAUCUACUGUCGCCUUAAGCGCCACCUAGAGUAUGUCAAGCUCAUGAUGCCCUCGUGGAUGACCCCAGACCAGCGUGGCAAAGGUCUCUAUGCCGACUACCUCUUCAAUGCCAUUGCAGGGAACUGGGAGCGCAAGAGGCCCAUCUGGAUCAUGCUCAUGGUCAACUCCCUGACGGAAGUGGUCAUUAAGUCCCGUGGGGUGCCUGUCUUAGACCUGUACCUUGCACAGGAGGCCGAGCGGCUGAGGAAGCAGACUGGGGCCAUGGAAAAGGUGGAAGAGCAGUGCCAUCCACUGAAUGGGCUGAACUUUUCACAGGUCAUCUUUGCUUUGAACCAGACCCUCCUGCAGCAGGAGAGCCUUCGAGCAGGCCGCCUUCAGAUCCCCUACACGACGGAGGAUCUCAUCAAACACUAUAACUGUGGGGACCUCAGCUCCGUCAUCUUCAGCCAUGACAGCUCCCAGGUUCCCAAUUUUAUUAAUGCCACGCUGCCACCUCAGGAGCGUGUCACUGCCCAGGAGAUCGACAGCUACUUCCGCCAGGAGCUUAUCUACAAGCGGAACGAGAGAAUGGGGAAGCGAGUGAAGGCCCUUUUGGAAGAGUUCCCCGACAAAGGCUUUUUCUUUGCCUUUGGAGCUGGUCAUUUCAUGGGCAACAACACGGUGCUUGAUGUCCUGCGGCGCGAAGGCUAUGAGGUAGAGCACGUCCCUGCUGGACGAGCCGUCAACAAAGAGAAGAGUCAAAGUCCCUCGUCGGGGCCCACCUCCUCAGCCAUCUUUGCUCCGGAAGUGCCCGCUGGGGAAGCACUGGCACCGGAAGCUGCGUCUGCAGUGCACUCGCCAUUGCUUCCUCACGUGUCUCCGCCCGGCAGUGCCGACCUGGGUGGUGAGUCGGGGCGGAAGUUUCGGAAGAAGCGGAGGCGGCCGAGCCCACAGCGGAGGCAGCGGCUUCGGCAGUUCAGCGAUCUGUGGGUACGAUUGGAGGAGAGUGCUGUCGUCCCACAGCUCCAGGUCUCCGUUCUGGAUAGGUCCGUCUGUGCUGAGCAGCAGCUGCCUCACCGUGGGCAUCCCUCGCACAGCCAGAUGGUGGCCAGCAGUGCCUGUCUGUCUCUCUGGACUCCUGUGUUCUGGGUGCUGGUGCCAGCUUUCCAAGCAGAGACACCCCUCCUGUGAUGACUGGAGGAGCCAGGCCAAGCCCCUGACCCCUUGGACUUGAAGGAUGGCCAUUCCUGUACCCCACACUCUGGUCUGGCCUUGAUAGGCCCAACCCAGGAAGAGAGAGAAUAAAAUGCGGUGUUGGUUCUUCUCUUUCCAAAGGAAUGACUUUGGGUUAUCCAGCCGUGCUUGGGGCAGGUGUACAGUUUGGUAACAUAAUGAGUUGUAUGAAAAUAAUUAUAAAUGCAUUAUAUGAAAGUAAUUAAAUAUAUUUUCUGUGUAGACUUUUCCCCACCAUGUGUAUAUAUUAUGCAAACAACUUUGCUCACACCCUCUAAAUACUGUCAUUGCUUCACCCCCGGGCCCUGCUCCUGGCCUGCCUGCCACGUUGGAUCCUGACCCUGUUCUCCUUCCUGCUGCUCCUCUUCCUACUCAUUCCCGUUUCUGGAUUCAGGGGAGUCAGUAGGCCAUAGGACCUUUGUUUGCUCUUCUCUGUUCAAGGUCUGGUGACUAGGGUGCUUCCUGCACUCUGACAAGUGCUUUAAUUACGUACAAUGUAGGAGUGUCUCACCAACUGCUGAAGACUGGGUGAAUGGAUGGGCUUUGUCAAAGGUACGGUGUGAGAAAGUGGUUUCCAAACGCUCCCUCUUCCUGUCUUGUUAUUUAUUAUUUAUAUGUCUGUGUCUCUUACAAAUAAAAUCUUAUGGGAAAUCUA